CUAGUCACUUAAAAAAUGACAUCUGGCUUUAUAGGUAAGAGAAUAUAAGAAAAAAUAAGGUAUCAGGUCUCGUGGGACCUUCAGGACUCGAUCGGCGUCUGGGAACGCCACCGAGCACCCCCCGUCCAACCGCCGCCAGCUCGCGGAUGCCCCCGGGGGCCCGACGCCCGGCCAGGCUUCCCCUCGCUCUCCCGCUACCCACAAACCACUGCGCCUCCGCGCGCACGCGCAGCGGCGACGGCCGUCUCAGGAAGAGGAAAAUGGAAUAAACAACUCCGAGGAACCAGAGCGCGAGAAAGCGAGUGGAGGCAGAAUUUAAAAAUAAACUGGCCCGUCCGCCCUCCCCACCCGCUCGCUGCCGCCGCUCCCUCUCCCCCUGCCCGCGCCCUCGAAGUCCCCAUCUGGGUCCGCGCGCCCACCCCGUCGUCCCGCGCGGCCCCUUUAAGAAAAGAGAACGAGAGAGUGAGUGAGAGAAUCCCAACUCUCCCCCUCUCCUCCCCUCCCUACCCCCUCCUCCCUCCCCUCUCCCCUCCCCCCCCUCUCCCCGGGCGGCUCCGGCUCCCGCAGCGGGACAGACCCACCCGCCCAGGCUUUUAUCCGGCACCGGCAGCGUCUUCCUUCCCUCCCCCGUCUAUGGUGGUGGCGGCGGCGGCUCCUCGGGCGGCGGCGGAAGACGAGGCUGCGGCGUUGCCAUGAACAGUGGCGGCGGCCUCCCGCCCCCCUCGGCCGCCGCCUCCCCUUCCUCCUCCUCGCUGGCGGCGGCAGUGGCUGUGGUGGCCCCGCCGGGGGUCGGGGGUGUCCCCGGCGGGGCGGCGGCUGGAGUGAAGCUGAAGUACUGCCGCUACUACGCCAAGGAUAAGACUUGCUUCUACGGGGAGGAGUGUCAGUUCCUGCAUGAGGACCCGGCCGCCGGGGCUGCCCCGGGCCUCGGCCUCCAUAGCAACAGCGUCCCCCUGGCUCUGGCGGGUGCGCCCGUGGCCGGCUUUCCGCCGGGAGCGGUCCCUGGCGGGGGAGCGGGGCCCCCUCCCGGGCCCAAGAAGCCAGACCUGGGGUGCCCGGGGGCAGGAGCUGCAGCCGGCGGAGGAGGCAGCAGCGGGGGACUCGAUGGACCGCGGCUGGCAAUUCCGGGAAUGGAUGGAGGUGCUUUAACUGACGCAAGUCUCACAGAUUCCUAUUUCAGCACCAGCUUUAUUGGAGUCAAUGGAUUUGGAAGCCCUGUAGAAACAAAGUAUCCCUUGAUGCAGAGAAUGACUAAUAGUAGCAGCUCCCCAAGCCUUCUAAAUGACAGUGCCAAGCCAUAUACAGGCCAUGAUCCUCUAACUUCACCUGCUUCAUCCUUGUUUAAUGACUUUGGUGCCCUCAACAUCUCUCAGAGAAGAAAGCCAAGGAAGUAUCGCCUGGGGAUGCUGGAGGAGAGGCUAGUUCCGAUGGGAUCAAAGGCACGAAAAGCAAAGAACCCUAUUGGCUGCCUUGCUGACAGGUGUAAAUCAGGAGUACCCAUCAAUAUGGUUUGGUGGAACAGAGUCACAGAAAACAAUUUACAGACACCAAAUCCUACUGCAAGCGAGUUUAUUCCUAAAGGAGGAUCAACCUCCAGGCUGAGUAACGUGUCCCAGUCAAAUAUGUCUGCCUUCUCUCAAGUUUUCUCUCACCCAUCCAUGGGAAGCCCUGCUACUGCUGGAUUAGCACCAGGAAUGUCAUUGUCUGCUGGAUCUUCCCCUCUUCAUUCCCCCAAGAUUACGCCGCAUACUUCUCCUGCUCCCAGAAGAAGAAGUCACACUCCAAAUCCAGCAAGUUACAUGGUGCCUUCUAGUGCCUCUACACCUGUUAAUAAUCCUGUUUCUCAGACUCCAUCUUCUGGUCAGGUGAUCCAAAAGGAAACUGUUGGUGGGACAACUUACUUCUAUACAGACACAACUCCAGCACCCUUGACUGGGAUGGUAUUUCCAAACUAUCAUAUUUAUCCUCCAACUGCACCUCAUGUUGCUUAUAUGCAACCGAAAGCAAAUGCACCUUCCUUCUUCAUGGCUGAUGAACUCCGACAGGAGCUGAUUAACAGACAUUUAAUAACAAUGGCUCAAAUUGAUCAAGCAGAUAUGCCAGCAGUUCCUGCAGAAGUUGACAGCUAUCAUAGCCUAUUCCCUUUAGAACCACUGCCACCCCCCAACCGGAUACAGAAAUCAAGUAAUUUUGGGUACAUUACAUCUUGCUACAAAGCUGUAAGUAGCAAAGAUGAUCUACCAUAUUGCCUUCGGAGGAUACAUGGUUUUCGUCUUGUUAAUACAAAGUGUAUGGUGUUGGUCGAUAUGUGGAAAAAAAUUCAACACUCAAAUAUUGUCACUUUGCGUGAAGUAUUUACCACUAAGGCAUUUGCCGAGCCUUCUCUUGUGUUUGCAUAUGAUUUCCAUGCUGGAGGAGAAACCAUGAUGAACAGACACUUUAAUGACCCUAAUGCUGAUGCCUAUUUCACAAAGAGAAAGUGGGGCCAGCAUGAUGGACCAUUGCCCAGACAGCAUGCAGGAUUAUUGCCAGAAUCUCUUAUUUGGGCAUAUAUUGUCCAACUGAGUUCUGCAUUGCGUACCAUUCAUACAGCCGGUUUGGCAUGUCGUGUUAUGGACCCAACAAAGAUUCUGAUAACCGGCAAAACAAGGUUGCGAGUAAAUUGUGUUGGAGUUUUUGAUGUUUUAACAUUUGAUAACAGCCAAAAUAAUAAUCCUUUGGCAUUAAUGGCCCAGUACCAGCAAGCAGAUCUGAUAUCAUUAGGAAAAGUUGUGUUGGCUUUGGCUUGCAACUCUUUGGCAGGAAUUCAGCGAGAGAAUUUACAGAAAGCCAUGGAACUGGUGACAAUCAACUAUUCCUCUGACCUGAAGAAUCUGAUUUUGUAUUUAUUGACUGAUCAAAACAGGAUGCGAAGUGUAAAUGACAUCAUGCCCAUGAUUGGUGCUCGAUUUUAUACUCAAUUGGAUGCUGCUCAAAUGAGAAAUGAUGUCAUAGAGGAAGACCUUGCAAAGGAGGUUCAAAAUGGAAGACUGUUUAGGCUUCUAGCAAAAUUGGGAACAAUCAAUGAGAGGCCUGAGUUUCAAAAGGAUCCUACUUGGUCAGAGACUGGAGACCGUUAUCUGUUAAAACUGUUUAGGGAUCAUCUUUUUCAUCAGGUGACAGAAGCAGGUGCUCCUUGGAUUGACCUCAGUCAUAUCAUUUCUUGUCUUAACAAGCUAGAUGCUGGUGUGCCAGAAAAAAUAAGUCUGAUUUCCAGAGAUGAGAAGAGUGUACUCGUGGUGACUUACAGUGACUUAAAGCGCUGCUUUGAAAAUACUUUUCAAGAACUGAUUGCAGCUGCAAAUGGUCAGUUGUAGUAUUUGCUAAAAAAAACAGGCAGGACACGGCUGAGGAACUUAACUAAUAGCAAAUUGCACUACAGCUGAACUGUUUCAUCAUCUCAUUUCACAUUUGGGAAACAAACAGGAGAUGAGCAAAGCUGCUUGCACUUCAGUCAGGUACACUGUUACUUGAAAGGAAGAAUGUUUCACUUAUCCAAGAGCUAUGGCUGCCAUUGAAGGCUAUAUCUGUGAAGAAUUUAUUCUAGAUUAAGGAGCACCAUCAGAUGAAUGAUGUUCCUGCUUUUGUUUUUUCCACUUGUAUAUGCACUAAUUUUAAUUUUUUAAAGACUUUUUUCUGAUCUUUGAACUUUUGCCACAUUGUAUACUUACUAAGGGAAACUAUUGCAAGGACAUUUUUGGGAAACAAUGCUGGGCAGCAUUUUUGCCAUUGAGGGUUGCAAAAUUUGCUCUUUUGGGGAUGAGUUGCCCUGAAUAACAUAAUGGACCAGGUAAAUAAUCUCAUGAAAGUGCAGUAUAGUGCAUAAUUUUUGUAAGAGUAUUGUAUGCAAGCUCUCUAUGCCACCCACUGUUAGUUCAGACUGAGAUUUGUGUUUUGUUUUGUUUUUAAGAACACACAAAGAGAAAUAUCAGUGAAUUGUUGGAUAUGAAUUUCCCUGUUAGUUGAUUUAAAUCCUUUCUGAAUAAAUGUCAGAUAAACAGUAACUGAAGAAGCAUGUAUAGCUCUUCGCUCCAAAUUCAACCAGAGCCUUUUUAAAAAAAGUUAUUUGCCUGCUAGAUACAUUUACAUUUAUGUAAUUUUUUGAUACAAAAAAAAUUGCAAAAUUGUGUUAAAGGCCUAAAGUUCAGGAGUAUAUUGCUUUAGGUUCUUUCCAGUUUGCUUUUUUUUUUUUUUUUUUGUAUAAAGUUCUGUUCUUUGAACCACAGCUUUAUUAUGGUCCUUUACACUGGAUACAAACACAGAGACACUGUUCGGAAGAGGAACUAAAUUCAGCAGUGGUCUGGUAUCAAGAGCUUUCUGAUGUUUUACAGCCUGAAUCUGGAGGGAUAACAAUCUGCUGUGCCUUUGCAGUCACUGCUUAGCCCAAAGUAAUAGUACUUUUGAUAAUAACUCACUCUGUGGGAUAUUCCAGAAUAAAUCCAUCUCAAAAGUUUGGAAUUUUCCUCCUCUUAACUUUCUUAAUAUUUGGACAUGCAGUUGUCGCCAAACUUGGGUAUUCAUGGAAUUUCUAGUUACUGAAAUACCUAUACUUUGAUAAUGAAGACUGCCAAAUACAUAGGAAUUUUCUUUCUUAAAAAACAGUAAUGAAGACUAUAUCUCCUUUCCCAGCACUGAAUGUUUUACUAGCACUGGGUGCUCACCAUGCAACUAUGAAGAAAAUGUGGAAACUGAAAAAGGUCAGGACAGACUCCCAAGCACUUGCAACUGAUGUUACUGUCUUCAAUUUUAAUAAUUAAACAUAUUUGUAUAUUCAGAGAAGUUUUUAAUAUUUCUCUGUCCACUUUUUAUAAGCUUUAAAAUGAUUUUCUCUGCCUUGAGAUUUGCAUCAAGAAAAAGCACCUCUCUUCACCUGAAAGCUUUGAAGACUAGAGACACACUUUACACAUUUUAGCAAGUAUAUUUGAACCCACGUUUGGUAGCAUCAGUUGUUGAGUUAAAAAGAAAAUCAAUUACUGCAUUUGAUCUGGAUGGAUUUUAAAAGAACAUAAUGUUCAAAGGAUAAUUAACAUUUGCCACCAUAAUGUUCUUUUUUAUGUAAAAGAACAAGAACUUGGAGACAUUAACAUGCAAAAGUCUUUUAUCAUUAGCUCAUGUAUUUGAGGAAGAGCAGCUGUCUUUUUAUAUGUUUUUUGACAAAUCAUAUUGUAAUUCUUUUGUACAAAAAAGAACUACUUGUAUUCUAGAAGAAAAUAUGAAAUGCUUAAUUUAUAAGCGGGCUGGAGAUUUUUUCCAAUGUUGUUUUCUUUGAAAAUGAAAGGGGAUCAUCUAUUUUAGUUUUGGGGCCUGGGAACUUUUUGAAAAUUUAAUUUGUGGACCAAUGUUUUGUGAAAGCUAAAGAAGGGCAGGGGUUAAAAUAGGGCUUGAAUUUCUCAUUCUGUAUAGACCAGCAAACUUCCCUGCAAAGCAAGUUUACAUCACAAACCCAAGAAUGUUUGCAUCACAAAUGCUAGUUUGCUUCAGCCCCUAGUUAACCUCAGGACUUGGUUUGCAUAUAAAAGAUAGACAGCUGAUAUGUUUUCAUGAGUAAAUAUUGUCAGCCAGAAAACAGUUGGUGUCAGGUAAUGCAUAUAUUUUUUUUUUUUAGUUUUGUUUUAUAUUUAUUUUUUAUUUAGUUUUUAUUGGGAAUGGUUUUCAGAGGAACUCUCAGUUCUGCUUAGGUGUUUUUUUGGGGAGCCCUCUUUUCCAUAGUAUAAUUCCACUUAAGAGGUUGUCUAAAAGUCUUUUUAAUUCAUAGGAAGAUUUUAAUAUCUGAGAAUAGUCAAAUUAAGGUUAUAAACUUCCCAUACCUUCCUGUUAUGACAUAAAAGCACAGAAAGGACAACCCUUGAAAUCACGUAACGUUGGUCAUUUCAAUUUUUUGUACCUAUUUUAAAUUCUGUUAGUGUAUUUACUUCAUUGUAAAUAUUUUUGCGGGUACCUUUUGUAUUUGCUUUUGACCUUGGUUCUGUGAUUUGGAUGUCAGCAACUUCCCUAAAAAGCACCAGUAUGUUAAGUUCUAAUGUCAUGAUCCCAAUAUGUGUUAUUCAUCUUUAAUCCUGUUUUCAGUCUAUGUGUACAGCAGUAUUUUUAAUAAAGAAUUACAGAAAU